AUGGCCGUUGCAUUCAUGCUGCUCGAUAUGAAGGACGGUGAUCGUUCCGCUGUGGAGGCCGCCAGUAUGUCUCGUAACGUGUCCCUCGACGCCUGUCAGAGGGCAUAUGACGACCAUGCUCGGCUUGUUGGGAGCAUGAGCUCGACAGCGGCCGCUAGUCUCAAGAGACUCACGGCGGUGCAGACCCAGCAUCUUAUCCUGGCUUUCAAGGAAGACAUAAGCUUCCGCCAUAGCCACGACAUGGCAUUAUUCGAUCGGCUUCGCAUGGAGAUUCUGGUCCAAAACUGUGAAGAGCCGGGGGCGGAGCAGUGGUCCUACGACAAGCGACUGUGA